UUAAUAAAAAGAAAUAUAAUAAUUUUAUUUUAGGCAAAAUAUUAACAUAACCUCAACUUAUAAUUCCAAUGUAAAUCUUAAUAAUCUAAUUUAAAGAUAAAUAAACGAUGCCAGAUCAAGAAACGUACAUUUACUUAGAUUUAAAUGGUAAAUUGGACGUAAAUUACUUCCAAAAUAAUAAAAUCUUUUUUAAAAUGAUCAAUUUGGAUGAAAAGCCGAUGGUACAAAUUGGAAAUUACGUUUUCGAGGGGAAAUACGAAGAUUAUUUGGGUACUAAGGUAUUUUUUGUUGAGAAUCAAGAUUACGAAGCGAGCGAAAACAUUUUUGAGCGACAAUCACCGUUGCAUUUAAAAUAUUUUACAAAAACAGCUAAAGUGCUUCAAUUAAAAUGGAAAUCGAUCCCAAUUACAACGGUUGAGAAAACGAAAACGAACGAGGAAUAUAUGGAAUUAAGAUUUAAAGAGUCUUAUAAUACAGUUUUGGAGAAAUUUGAAAGGGCUGAAUUAAAUAUUAAGGAUAUUGCAGUAAAAGCUAAAGAUGUUGAGGAAAAGAAUGAUGAAAAGAAAGAAACUGUGGAAGAAGCUGAGGUUGAGAGAAUACCGAGAGAAUUAGAGAAAAUGGAAAUUGAUGAUGAGGAAAUCAAAAAAGAUGAUUUAUCCAGAUUUAAAGUUUUAAAAGAAUUUAUUCGUUUGCCUAAAAAAGUGGUUGAAAAUCAAAAAGUGUUUGAGGUUAAACCAGAGAAUUUAAUUAAAGUUAAAGAUGCUGAGAAUUACCCAGUUUUAAAACAAUUAUUUUUAUGGAGUAAUUCCUUCACUGGAAGAAGGAGACUUAAAUGA